AUAGAAUGAAGAAGUGCAGGGCAAAGUUCUGAACUUUUGCCCUGUGCAUUUCAGUACUGCAUACUCCUUCACAUGUAUUAUAAAGUUUUGUGUGGGUGUUUAUAUCUCUCUAAAGGUUUGAUCCAGUGUAAUCUUUCUGAGCCCAGAAUGGUCCAUGAAAAAGAUUGAAAAAAAAAGAAAGAGAAAUGCUCACGUGGUCCGUGGCCCCGGUAUAAAUAAGAGCGCCCCCUCAGCAGCGUCCCACUGGAGAGACGAGGGCGGCUACAGUAGGGCUGAGUUUCACAGGAUCCUCAACGGCUGUCAUUGGUAAGUGGAGUAUUUCCCAAUAGUAAGCCAGCAUACCAUGCAUACUCGUGUUUUAUUAGACUGCAUCAGAUGAGUUAAGAAAGCUCUGGCACUGCGUUGAAACAGAUGGAUCCCUCAGACAACGCCACCACCAACGGGGUCUCGUUCGUGCAGGCGGACCCCCGGGGGGGGUCCCAGACGGACCAAAGCAACGGAAACGAGUACCUGUACAUCCUGAUCGUCAUCUCCUUCUACGGCGUUUUCCUUUGCGGCAUCAUGCUUGGCUACCUCCGCUCCAAGAGGCGGGAGAAGAAGAGGACCAAUGUGUUCACGCGUCUGAUCCAUGAGGAGGAGCAGCGGGAGUGGGGCGCCUGGCCGCGGAGGCGCAGCAUCCCGCUGUCCUUCCCGGGGCUCUACGGCGCGCAGGUGCAACAGCACGUGUUGCCCUCCUCUCCAGAACACCUCCACCACCACCAGCACCAGCACCACCCGCAGGGGGGGGUUGUGUUCGAGGGGCGGGCCCUGUCCCCGCUGGCCUGCGCCCUGUGCCUGGAGCAGAGCAGCAUCAGCUCCCUCUGCUCCUCCGCUGACGUGCACUUCGCCAUCGAGGAGGAGUCUGACAGCGCGGCCACGGAGGACUCUGAGGAGGCCCCCAAGGGGUUCCAAAAGGGCUGCCUGGAGAGCAUGGACGACUCGUGACAGGCACACGCAAGACGCGUAAUGGACUAAACAGAGUUCAGAGACACGGGAUUGUUGAGUGCCUCCCACCCUACUUCCAAAAAAGACAGAAGAAAUCUGAAGGUCUGAUUGGUUCUGGGAUGACCAAAGGACACAGAGUUUGAAGGGAGAUGACCGCCUUCACUGCUGUCCGAUGUGUGUGAGGCUCAACCCCUGCUGAGGGCCCAUCUGGAGUGCACAGGCAUGCACCUGGAACCUACUUGAACGAUAGAAGCGACCGUUUUCAUGCAGGCUCCUCGAUGCUUCAAGGUCUGCACUAGACUCCCACGCUCAGCCCUGCAGGUGUCCCUGAUGAAGGACACUUCAUGUACAUAGACCUUUCCCCUUAGUAGUCACCCUGUCUGCAAUGGUUCAUUUAAGAUGGACAGUCUUAAUAUUUCAGAUGCAUGAUAAUAAAUGUCUGUCAGUGACGUUGAUGUUUGUUUUUUCCUGUCAACAUAAGUGGUCCCCUUGAUGCAGUACUUGUCCUUCCCCAGUAGAGGGUUUCCAGUUUACCAUUCCCUUCUGCUCAGAGAAGAGGUUCUGAUUUUGAUCAGUGUAGCCGUCGUGUCGAGGACCAUUUGUCACUUAUCCGAACGUACAUGGCCUUUAAGAGAAUCAAAUAAUGGCCGGAGCAUGGCUGAAUCCGCUACCCUAGGUAGCGCUGUAGCCCUUUCAACAAGUGUUUACAGAGCCACUUCCAGUUGACCUCUACGUCCCAACAACAACAAACACAGGCGGCAUUCGAGAAAUAUGUUUUCAUUGGACUGCUGUCGGUUCACUUCGGGUCCAUAUCAUUUCUCUGACGCUCCAUUGUUCAUACCUCUCUGUCGUAUGCGGACUCCUCCGGCAGCGGAGCAGCCGGAGGAGUCCAGCUGGAGGAGUCCAGCCGGAGGAGCCCGCAUACGACCGAGAGGUCGGAACGAUGGAGCGCAGGCUCGCCGCUCCCUAUACGCAGAGUACGCAGAGUGCGUAGGGCACCAAGUACCUGAGGGGGGCGCCAAAAAUUAAGGUUUGUAAAAAAAUAUAUAUAUAUACAUUAAUUAAUUAAAAAAAUAUGUAAAUUA